UGUUGUCUGCAGUCGACCAACAGACACAACACAGUCAUGAACUCCAAGGUCCUCCUCCUGCUGGGUGUGGUGUCGUUGGCUGCUGCCGACAACCGUCCCUCCUACUCCUACGCCGCCCCUCACGGUUCCUCCGAGGAGUCUUAUGAGUCUAGUGAGGCUCAAUACAACUUCAACUACGCCGUAGAACACGACCCAUCCGGCAACGACUUCGGUCACCAGGAGACUCGUGAUGGUGACAACACGCAGGGGUCGUACUACGUGCAGCUUCCCGACGGUCGCCGCCAGACUGUGACUUACUUCGUGGACGGUGACUCAGGCUACAUUGCCGAUGUCAAAUACGACGGAGAGGCUCGCUACCCUGACUCCUUCGAAUCCCGGGAGGCUCCCCGCUACACCCCACCCAGGCCAAGCUUCUCCAGGUCAUUCGAGUCCUUUGAGUCCCGGGAGGCUCCUCGCUUUGCCCCUCACAGGUCAAGCUUCCCCAGCUCCUUCGAGUCUUCUAGCUCCUUCGAGUCUCCCAACUCCUUUGAGUCUUUUGAGUCCCUGGAGGCUACUCGCUACGGGCCACCCAGGCGAGUGUACGGUUGAACUUGGUGUCUUCUGGUGCUGAUGUUGAACACCGCCUGCAUGUACUAGUGUUAUGGUAGAGUUUCAAUUAUGUAUUAUCAAAAGUUGUAUGAGAUCUCCAUAAUUUAUUAAAUUAUUAUUACAUUA